CAACGGGUUUCCCCGGUAACCGCAGGGACAACAGUGAGGCGGCCCGCGGCGGCCUGAGGGGGCGGGCGGCUGGAGCCGUUGGCUGGAGCGGGCCGAGGGCCAGCAGGGAGGCAAGGCGAGGUCCCCGCAGCGAGGUGGGCGGCUUCCCCCGCCUCCAGGGCCCCCCUCGGGCAGAGGAUGCUGGCGCAGCGCACCCCGGAGAUUAUCCAUAAGCUGCCCCCCGUGGAGGAGAAGCAGCCUGUCAAACCUCCCAGGUAUAUAUCCACAUUUAGACCAUCUGUGAAACGUGAAGCAGAGAAAAAUAAAGCUCAGUGGAAAACUAUAGGACCAGCAAAAGUUGCAGUGCCAUCACCAAAAAAAUUUCUACAGAAACAUUCAAAGGAACCCAAGCUACCAGCAAGGAAAAAAGAACAGGAUAGUAAGAAAUUGCCUGCAUUAUCAGUGCCACGGAGGACAGAUCGCCCAGUUAUGGGAAUUCAGAGUAAAAAGAAUUUUAUAAAUACAAACGCAGUUGCUGCUAUCUCGGGAUUGCCUAAAAAGCCUCAACCUAUCUGUGUUGAUAGAAGACAGGGAGAUAAGUAUCUGCUUGAAACUUCAGGCCUUGUUCCAAAAUACAUUAAAAAAAAGGAUUAUGGUGUUAUACCAAAAUAUAUAACACAGAGAAAUGAAGACAAGAAGAGAGCUCAGAAAGAAUAUGAGGCCAGUAUCGUGGAGCAACUCAAGAAAAAUGCUAUGAAACGGCUGUCUGAUGAAGAAAGGAGCAGUCUUCUGCAGGGGCUGAAAAAGAACUGGGAGGAAGUGUAUCGUGACUUUCAGCGUCUUCCAGUAGAAAUAGACACCAUACCCAAGAAGUUAUAUAAAGAAAAGCUGGAAUUGCAGAUGAAACAACUGGAGCAUGACAUAGAAGUAAUUGAGAAGCACAAAGUUAUCUACAUUGCAAAUGAGUAAGGACUGUUUUUCAGAUAUUGCCUCUCCCCUCCUUUUCUCUUUUUUCUAUCCCUACAUCUCCAAGCACCGCCCCCCUAAAUUCUCAGAAAAAAUUGACACCACCAACUAUUCAGAAGGAAAUAUUCAACUAAUAUAAGUAUGUAGCUUCUUAGAGAAGUUGUUACAUAUAGCUCUCAUCUGUAUAAUUCACAAAACAUUUUGAAAUUGAAUUCUUAAUUAAACUUUGAGUUUAAAACCAUGCAUUUGAUCUAUUACUCUGUCUAAUUUUUAUUAACUACUAAGAUUUCUAUAAAUCUCAUACAAAAAGCACGAAAAAUACUGUUUCAUAUGUUUGGAGUACUUGUUUCCUUGCACAGCCAAAACAAAGGGAAAUAACUGGCAACUGAAGACUGCUUGGUAAAUAUACCUUCAGGGUGGGAUGGCUUCUGGACUAGUUAUUAAAGAGCUGUUGCGCUUUACUUAAAAGCUUGAGCGAUUGUAUUUCUAAACAGCUUGGCUUCUGCAUAACAUUUUGUCUGCUCUUUUUUUGUUACCAAACCCAGUUUUUAUAGUGGAAGCCCAUAAUAAUAUAGACUUCACGCAAUUCAGAUACCACAUGUAGCUUGCUGUGUUUAUGUAUAAAUAAUUCUGUAACACCAUAGUAAAUCUACAACUAAAGUAGAAAAA